GAAAAACAAACAUCUCUCUAUUUAAGUGAGUUCAGACGGGACAGCAGCCUCUUUUCUUUUUGAAGCACAUCAUGGUGCUCGGAUAUAGUCCACUAAUCCUGGGGCUGCUGGCCUUAGCCGCCGGUCUGGGCUCGGUGCUGGGACUAGGUGAAGACCUGGACCGUCCUUUGUUUGGGCCUCCCGGUUCUCCUAUUCGGCUACAGGAGACAGACUCAGGCCUGAAGAAGGCUCUGCAGUUCGCCGAGGAGCGCUACAACCGGGGCUCCAACGCUCUGCACCUCCGCAAAGUCAGCCGGGUCGUCUCCGCAACCAAACAGUUGGUUAAAGGGAUCCGCUACACUAUAACAGUGGAACUGAGUAAUACCCAGUGCAAGAAAACUUCCAUGCUCAAGACAUGUGACUUCUAUCCCGAGAUACACAAACUCAAGACGGAGGUGUGUUUGUUUGAAGUGUGGGACAUUCCCUGGCAGGGAACUACAACUCUGCUGAGACAGAAGUGCCAACCUAAAGUCGAAUCUGAAGUCAAAGAGACCAACCAGGUUGAAGACUUAUCCACCAGCCAGCCUCUGGAGGAGUCUGUGGAGCUUCUGGGUCAGUUUAAAGAGUUCAUGGUGAGAUACAACAAGGUCUACAGCAGCCAGGAGGAGGCAGACCGUCGUUUGCGCAUCUUCCACGAGAACCUGAAGACUGCAGAGAAGAUCCAGUCUGUGGAUCAGGGCUCAGCAGAGUACGGUGUCACCAAGUUCAGUGACCUAACUGAGGAAGAGUUUCGCUCUACAUACCUGAACCAACUACUGAGCCAAUGGACUCUUCACCAACCAAUGAAACCGGCCUCUCCUGCCCGAGGCCCCGCCCCUGCCAGCUGGGAUUGGCGAGAACAUGGAGCUGUCAGUCCUGUUAAGAACCAGGGUAUGUGUGGCUCUUGCUGGGCGUUUUCUGUGACAGGCAACAUUGAAGGCCAGUGGUUUCUGAAAAAUGGAUCACUGCUGUCAUUGUCUGAACAAGAGCUGGUCGACUGUGAUGGGCUGGACCAGGCGUGCAAAGGCGGCCUGCCAUCAAAUGCUUAUGAAGCCAUUGAGAAGCUGGGUGGUCUGGAGUCAGAGGCGGACUACUCGUACACUGGGCUCAAGCAGAAGUGUGACUUCACCAGCAGGAAGGUGGCCGCCUACAUCAACAGCUCUGUGGAGCUGUCCAAAGAUGAGAAAGAAAUUGCAGCUUGGCUGGCUGAGAAUGGACCAAUCUCUGUUGCUCUGAAUGCCUUUGCCAUGCAGUUUUACAGGAAGGGUGUGUCUCAUCCCCUGAAGAUCUUUUGCAACUCGUGGAUGAUCGACCAUGCUGUGCUGAUGGUUGGAUAUGGAGACCGUAAAGGUGUCCCAUUCUGGGCCAUCAAAAACAGCUGGGGGGAGGAUUAUGGAGAGCAGGGUUACUACUACCUAUACAGGGGGUCCAAUGCGUGUGGGAUCAACAAGAUGUGCUCAUCUGCUUUGUACUCAGAAGUCGGAAUUUCCGAGUUCCCAGUCGGUAAUUUCAACUGGAAUGCCCCCGAGAUCGGAUCUCCGACUCAGAAAAUCGGACAUACCCCACCACCCUUAACCUCAAAAUCCAAGAUGUUCCACCCAGUGCAUCAACAAAUGUCACAGGCUACCAAACGCAAACAUGUUGUCAAGGAGGUUCUUGGAGACUUUGUCACGCCCACAGAGAACCAGCAGAUUGUGAAGGUUAUCGGUAGCCGUGGUAACAACCUCCACGAGACAAUCACGGCUCAGGGUGAGACCUUCCUGGUGAGCAUGCCCACCAAGUUCCGCAAGAACAUCUGGAUCAAAAGAGGUGACUAUGUGAUUGUGGAUCCUAUUGAGGAAGGAGAGAAGGUGAAGGCAGAGAUUAGCUUCAUUCUCUACAAAGAUCACAUUCAGUACCUGCAAAAACAACAGCUCUGGCCAGAAAGCUUCAAGGAGGAGCAGCAAGCUCAGGACACAACAAACAAACGGCAAGACAAGGAUGAGAAAGACGAGGCAGAGGACGUUAGCGAUUCAGAGGACGAUGAGAGCGAUCUGUUUGUGAACACCAACCGCUGUAACUACCAGUACAUCGAGAGUGAGGAGGAGGACAGCGAGGAUGAAGACGAGGACGAAGAGAAAAGGACAGAAAAUGGUUCAUAGUGGGAUUGUGAGGGCACGGACAAUCAAGAGAGAAAGAGAGAUGUGAAAAUCAUCUGACAGUUUGCUCUCCUGAGCUGCUGUUAUCACUGACUGAUUUGAUGAUGUUCACAGUCGUUCACUGUGAUGUAAGAGCUUCCUCUGAAGUUCAUAUGUGACAGCCAGUUGGGGACAUUAAACAGCUGGGCUCAUUCUUUAAAGAGGAGGGGGCAGUGUGUGACUCCCAUGCUGGACUUGGACUUAAUAGAGCAAAAUAUGUCAAUUUUGUAAGAUUGAUUUCAAGAAAUCUGUAAUGUUGACUGAAAUUGAAUAAGAAGUUAGUGAUUUUCAUGUCAAAUUUAAAUUCUGUUGGAAAAUGUCCACUUUUUCCCUCAAUUUUCUACUACAAGCUACAAACUAAGAUAGCAUUGACUUCCAGUGGAACCAUAACAGUUAAACUUUAGAUCUUCCUUGCAUAUUCAUCAUAGAGUAAAGUGCAUUUGCAGGGUAUUAUUGAUGUAAAAUGUAAUAUCCAUUUCUCCUCCUUUUAUAAAACAAACUAAAUGUUUUAAAAUCAGAUAAAAUGCAUCACUUAAUAUAUUAUAUUGUUAUCAACACUGAUAAAAUACCCAUCUGUCAUAUCUGAUUGUAGUGUCCGGUAUUGAGAGAUUCCUACAGAAAUCCGGGGCGUGGCUACAAUUAAUACAGCCGUUCCAGUAUAACCAGUACUUUGAAAGACUCAGCUGGAACUUGCGGAGUUGGCACAACCUUUUCACACAAGCCUUGUAGUGCUGAUAGUAUUGAUUAGAUUUUCAAAUGAAUGCUACCGACAGCCUCAAUGAUUUAUUUUGUCAAAAGGUCUUUUCAAAUUGCUCUAAUGCCUCAUCACUUAGUGACAUUCCUUACUCAGUUGCUGAUUUUGAUGUGUUAUGCACAUUUUUGAGCUGUGAAAACAUGACUUGUAUACAUUAAAUCUUGCUGUCUUCCAAGAAUGUACACGUGAA